AUGCUCGGCCCCCCUGUGAACCUGCCCAAAUGGCUGGAGGAGAAUUCUCACCUCCUCAAGCCCCCAAUUAACAACUAUUGCGUCUAUAAUGACGACUUCACGGUCAUGAUCGUCGGCGGCCCCAAUGCCCGGACAGACUACCACAUUAACCAGACGCCCGAGUGGUUCUACCAGUACAAGGGCGCCAUGAUGCUCAAGGUCGUCGACGAGGGCGUCUUCAAGGACGUCAUCAUCCGCGAGGGCGACAUGUUCCUCCUGCCCGGGAACACCCCGCACAACCCCGUGCGUUUCGCAAACACCGUCGGUGUCGUCCUUGAGCAGCGCCGCCCUGAGGGAUCGCUCGACCGCAUGCGCUGGUACUGCGAGUCGUGCCGCGGGGUGGUCCACGAGGCCGCCUUCCACUGCACCGACCUUGGCACCCAGAUCAAGGCUGCCGUCGAGGCUUUCAAGGCCGACCAGCAGGUGCGGACGUGCAAGAAGUGCGGCACCGUCGCAGAGGCGGCGCCGAAGCCCGGGUCGAUCAAGGAUCCCAAUUCGGAGUGA